UUCACGAGUCACAGCAGCAGCGAGGUAGAAGCUGGAUACAGGUGCAUGGCGGCGGCGUCGCGUGUGCGUUCCUCGGUCGCCCUGCUUCUGCUGCCGCUGCUCCUUCUGGCACCGGCGCCAGCGGUGAGGGCGCGCGUGACGGCGCUGAUCGUGUUCGGCGACUCCACGGUGGACGCCGGUAACAACAACGCCGUGCAGACGGUGGUGCGGAGCAACUUCCCCCCCUACGGGCGCGACUUCCCGGGCGGGCGCGCCACGGGGCGGUUCAGCAACGGCCGCGUCGCCACCGACUUCUACUCCGAGGCGCUCGGGCUCGGCCGCGCCUUCGUGCCGGCCUACCUCGACCCGGGCUACGGCAUCCGGGACUUCGCCACAGGCGUCUGCUUCGCCUCCGCCGGCUCCGGCCUCGACGUCGCCACCUCGCGCGUCUUCGGAGUGAUCCCCCUGCGGAAGCAAGUGGACAUGUUCCGGGAGUACAAGGCCCGGCUAGCAGACCACCUCGGCGCGGCCGAGGCCCGCACGGUAGUCUCCGACGCCGUGUACGCCGUCAGCAUCGGCACCAACGACUUCAUCGAGAACUACUUCGCGCUCACCACGACGCGGUUCCUGGAGUUCACCGUGGACGAGUACACGGACUACUUGGUGGGCCUGGCCCGGAGCUUCCUGGCCGAGCUGUACGGGCUCGGCGCGCGCAAGAUCGGGCUCACGGGGCUGGGCGCCAUGGGGUGCCUGCCCCUGGAGCGCGCGCACCUCCUCGGCCGCUGCGCCGAGGAGUACAACGCUGCGGCGCGGGGCUUCAACGCGGCGCUCGAGGAAAUGGUGAGCGAACUGGGCGCCGAGCUGCCCGGCGCCGAGAUCCGCGUGGCGGCGGUGUACGACUUCUUCGAGGGCAUCGUGCGGAAUCCGUCGCGCUACGGGUUCGCGAGGGCGGACGUGGGGUGCUGCGGCUCGGGGACGUACGAGAUGGGGUACACGUGCCGCGCGUGGGACGCGCGGACGUGCGCGGACGCCGGCUGGUACGUGUUCUGGGACGCCGUGCACCCCACGGAGCGGGCCAACCGGAUCAUCGCCGAGUACCUCAUGAACACCACCUUUGCCCACUUCUCGUGAUCCAGAGGGUAUUACAAUGACUACCUUAACAAGAGUAGUAACUACUGAUGUCGAGAACUGGUUUAGGAUCUUAGCCUGAUGGUUUAAUGGACGCGUAUUCAUUCAUGUA